ACAUGGCCAUUGAAAACCACACCAUGACCUUCCCCUUUACAUCAAUCAAGCUACUACACCGUCUCCAUCUCUCCCUCCUGCAACUUCCCCAUCUUCUUCCUCUUUCAGUCUGAGGCGGCCAUGACCAGGUGUGGUUGAAGUAAACGAUCAACAGUAAAAUAUUUAUUAGCUAGCUGAUCUCCUCCUCCUCAUCCUCCUACUUCCUUGCACAAGGAAGUAGGAAGUAGGAAGCUUCCACUCUCUCCUUUCGCAAACAAACUAGAUCUCCUGUCCAGCCCACUAUAAAAAAAACCGCUCAGAUCUCUGAGAGCUGCACUGCUUGUUUGGCUCAAGCUUCUGACAGCAGAUCUGCUAUCCCCAGCCACCAAAGAAAAUUCUCGAUCGAUGGAGUUGAUGCCGAAGGCGGAUGAGGGCCCCAACUCGGACCUGCCGGAGCACUUCGCGGCCGAAGGCGGCCUCGUGAGCGGGGCGUCGUCGGCGUCGCCCCCGUCGUUGAGCCGGUACGAGUCGCAGAAGCGGCGGGACUGGAACACUUUCGGGCAGUACCUGAAGCACCACCGGCCGCCGCUGUCGCUGGCGCGGUGCAGCGGCGCGCACGUGCUGGAGUUCAUGCGCUACCUGGACCAGUUCGGGAAGACGAAGGUGCACGUGGCGGCGUGCCCUUUCUUCGGCCACCCCUGCCCUCCGGCGCCCUGCUCCUGCCCGCUCCGCCAGGCCUGGGGCUCCCUCGACGCCCUCGUCGGCCGCCUCCGCGCCGCCUACGAAGAGAACGGCGGCCGCCAGGAAACCAACCCCUUCGGCGCCCGCGCCGUCCGUCUCUACCUCCGCGAGGUCCGGGACCUCCAGUCCAAGGCCCGCGGUGUCAGCUACGAGAAGAAGAAGCGCAAGAAGCCGCCGCGCCCGCCGCCGGAGCACCCAAAUCAGCACCAACCUCCCCUUCCACCAUAAUCUACGUCGACGACGAUUUGCGUUGAUCGCUUAAUUAUGUUAAGCUCUAGCUACAAUUAUAUAUAUUGAUGCACAUAUAUAUUUAGUUUCUCGAUCAUCAUGCCAUUAGUAGGUUUUAAUUUGAAACUUGGAUCGACCAUUUGCUCGCUGUUUAAUUAUAUAAUUAGCUACUAUUUUAUGAUAUUGGAAUAUUCAAACUGAUCAGAGAAGAUCUAUCUAUUAAACUAACUCGACUAGUUGAAGCUA